CUCCUUCCGCAGGUACAUCGGGGCCCUGGGCGCCAGGGUGAUCUGCGACAACAUCCCUGGACUGGUGAACAAGCAGCGGCAGUUUUGCCAAAAGUACCCCGACAUCAUGCAGUCGGUGGGUGAGGGCGCCAAGGAGUGGAUCCGAGAGUGCCAGCACCAGUUUCGGCACCACCGCUGGAACUGCAGCACGCUGGACAGGGACCACACUGUCUUCGGCAGAGUCAUGUUAAGAAGCAGCAGGGAGGCCGCCUUCGUCUAUGCCAUCUCCUCAGCUGGGGUAGUGUAUGCCAUCACGCGAGCCUGCAGCCAGGGAGAGCUGAAAGGCUGCAGCUGCGACCCCCGCAAGCGCGGGCGCUCCCGGGACGAGCGGGGCGAGUUCGACUGGGGCGGCUGCAGUGACAACAUCCACUACGGCAUCAAGUUCGCCAAGGCCUUUGUGGAUGCCAAGGAGAAGAAGGUGAAGGAUGCCCGGGCCCUGAUGAACCUGCACAACAACCGCUGCGGAAGGAUGGCCGUGAAGCGCUUCUUGAAGCUGGAGUGCAAGUGCCACGGGGUCAGCGGCUCCUGCACCCUCCGGACUUGCUGGCUGGCCAUGUCGGAUUUCCGCAAGACCGGGGAUUACCUCCGGAGGAAGUACAAUGGCGCCAUCCAGGUCACCAUGAACCAGGACGGCACCGGCUUCACCGUAGCCAACAAGUACUUUCGGAAGCCCACCAAAACGGACCUGGUGUACUUCGAGAACUCCCCUGACUACUGCCUGAUGGACAAGGCAGCAGGCUCCUUGGGGACAGCCGGGCGCGUGUGCAACAAGAUGUCCCGCGGGACCGACAGCUGCGAGGUCAUGUGCUGCGGCCGGGGCUACGACACAACCCGUGUCACACGCAUCACCAAGUGCGAGUGCAAGUUCCACUGGUGCUGUGCUGUGCGCUGCAAGGAGUGCGAGGACACCGUGGACGUGCACACGUGCAAAGCGCCCAAGCGGGCUGAGUGGCUGGACCAGACCUGACCGCUCAUGCAGUGGCAGAGGGACAAAGCUGAGGCCUCGUGCCCGCCCCGGGCCCCAGGCCCCCAUGCCAGGGCAUUCUGGGAGCUGUAGUGCAGCUGCAUGGCUUUUCUUAAUUCAUCCGGCAAAGCACUAGAGAGAGAACUACACUUCCCAGGAGGUCCAGGGACCCUGCCAACUUGCUCAGCCAACUCACCCCUUCCCUAGAAGGGGCUUGCGACCAUUGCUUACACUGUGAAGCUUCCCUCGCCCCUUGUUCUCUUGCAGCAGGACAGUGCAAUGGCCACGAGACUGGAAAGCAGAGCCCCAGUGGCCCCCUCAAUGUGUGUGUACAUGGAGAGUGCCUGGCAAGGGACUCCAGGGCAAAACAGCUAGUCCUUGCAGAGCGCUCUUGUCCUGAACUUUUUGCACGGCCCAAGGCAGGAGAUUGCAAAAGCCUAAGGCAGCUCCUUGAUCUCCGGUGCUUUUCUCAGCCAGAUCUAGCACAGUGACACAGCUGAAUGAUCAACACAGCUGGACAAGAGCAACUCCUCCUUCCCCCAACUGAGAAAGGGGCAGGCGACAGGUGACUGAGACCUGAAUGACUGCCACGGGAGAAGGGCAUACACGCAGGGACAUGCACAGAGAAUGCGAGAGAGCAGUCAGCCAACGUCAGGCUCCUUGCACGUGGUAUAUACCGCUUCAUUCUUUUUAAGACAAAAUCCAUUAUAAACCUGUAUCCGAAAUUGAUGCUCUUUGCCUUGCACAUUACUGCCCAUCCAGCAGGGCCAUGGCACCCCGGCACAGGCCUCAAUGAGAGCUAAUCCGCCAUGCUGUGCUGGCAGGGAGCUCCCCCAUGAGAUUCCCGCCACGUACCUCUGUGAUGGUGGGUGCUCUCCUGUCCCCAAGAUUGGGACCUGCCCCAUGGCAGGCACUCCGACCCCCUGCUGCAGGCUCCUUCAGGAAAGGCAGACAAGGAUGGAGCAGGAUGGGCUGGGUGAGCUGUGUCCAGGCUCUUGCUGCUCCCCUAAAGAUUGCAAACCACUGGCCAGAAUGAAAGGGGAAAGUAACGGGUGGAGAUGAGAGAGUCUGUCCCCAUCCCUGCCACAUCCCUCAGUGCCCCCAAACAAUCCUAGCAUAGGCCUCGAGUCGGUCUCUGGCUGGAGCAGUGCUGUCAGCCUGCCCCCACCCUACCUCUCCCUUCUUUUUCAUGGAAGCAUCAGCCAUCCAGACAGAGCAAAGAGCCUGCAUCCAUGCGGCAUGCCCCAGUCAGACACAGAGGGAGCUGUGAUCCCUGCCAGCAGGCUGGACCACGGAGCUUGGUGCUGUCCCGAACACUCUCCCCAAGGCUACGCAGCACGUGAGGCCAGUGGGACACUCCCUCAGCCCAAGAGGGCAGCGGGAUAAGGACAACACCCACUUUGGCUUAACAAAAUAGAGGGGCUCUCAAGGCAAUAGCCUAAGAAAGCCACCAACCCUCAGACACGUGGCACUUGCUGGCAAGUUUCACGAGGAGCCUGCAAGAAGGCUUGUAGCGGAUGUGGCCGGAACAAGCCUGACAGUUCCUGGUCCUGUGCUAGGAAGGAUCCUGUCCCAGACGCACGGCCCAACAGUAGCAGACAGCAACACUCAACGGCUGCAUCUGCAGAAAGCUUUGCUUGAGAUCAGCUGCUUUGCCUGUAGAAGGGUUGGGCGGGCUUGCAGCUGCGGUCUGGAAAGGGGCAGACCCAGCUCAUGUAAAGCAAAGAUAUGGCAACACAGACACUAGGGCAGUGCCCUUCUUCACUUGCAAUGGGAUGCAUGUGCCUUGCUGCUGUUUCUAAGAUGGUUGUGAGAUGAGUCCUUGGCUCUGGGCAUCAGGAUCUGAGCAGAUCCCAGCAGGCAGGGUUAAAGCCAGAGGAUUUCUUCAGGGCUGCUCAGGACAGUCUGGCCCACAGGCUGCAUUAGAAGAACCCAGCAGCAGCCCCCAGCCCCACAUCUUGGGGGUCACAGCCAUGCCCAUCUCUGGGGGGGGUGCAGGCCCUCACCUCGGACUCAGUGCAGCGUGGAGAGAUCCAUCCCCCUCGGUGAGGUGCCGGUGGAGCUCCUGCAAGCGGAGGGGAGGAGAGGGCUGGGAUGAGACCCCGGGCAGCGCGGCCGCAGCAGACGCCUUCAUCAGCACAGAUCUAAUCUGGCAGGAAGAGCUCCCCUCAUUCAUCUUCAUUACUGCCCCACCUGCCAGCAAUUUAGGACUUAAACUGAAAGAAAAAAACAAAACCCCUUGCACGGAGCCCGAGACUCCCCCGGGGGAUGUGCACAGAGCAGGCUGGAAAGGCCCCAUGCCCUGAGCUGGGGGCUGCCCACAAUAAACAGCUAUUCCCCCCCCACAAGGCUCCCAGGAGCUCUCCUCUGGCAGGAACACCAGCACUUAGUGGUCUGCAGGCCACCUGAUGAAUGAUGGGGCAUGUGCAGCACCUUAAUCACGGCCCUGAAAGCCUGGAGAGAGCUCUGCUCCCUGAACGUGGGUGUUCGAGGCUGCGAAGCACUGGAGCCCGAAGGCUACCCCCAGCCCCCCUCCUCACUGUGCACUGACUGCAAAGGCAAAGGUGCUGCCAUGUGGGAUAACCCUAGCCACAGGGCAGCUCUCCCUAGCAGCCCAGGGCCAUGCAGGUUGCAUGCCAAGGCCUGCAGCCUGCACUGCAAUGAAGCAAGAGCUCUUGGAGCAGCUGCUGGUGCUACAGAAGAGCAGGAGGCUUCAGCUGCAAUCAGGGCCUCACCCCUCCGGACACCAUGCACCCACAGCUGGGACAGUCCAUCCUCUAAGGAGUUUGCCACCCUGAAUAGACAAGGCAGAAGAAAGGCCAGUAUUGCCCCCUUUGCCACAGGGGAAACUGAGGCACAGGCAUGAAAAGAGCCCCACAGGGAUCUCUAGUUUCCUACCUGACCAUUACUGGCCAUGGGCCAGUACCCCCAUGCUAGUGGCUGGCACGCGCUACAGCCACCUUCCUUUGCAGGUCUAAUGAAAUUCAGACCUCCCUGCGCUCAAUUAUAAAUGGGACUUCCUGAAACUCCCCCUCCUCACCCGCGGAAGCAGCUGUUUUCCAUCUACAAGAGCUUGCCGAGGCCGAAGCCCUGUCAGGGGAUACUCUAUCCCACUCAUGAGCCCCUUGUAAGCGAGCGGGGCUAAGUGCACGGGAAGCCCUCGGUGGAAGAUCAUCUUCUCAUCGCCUUCGAAAUCGAGGCACGUCUGGACCGGAGGAUGAGGUGCAGGGUGGGCUGAUGAGGGGCCACGGAGCUGAGACGGGCAGGUGCUGCUGUUGGAGAAAGCGUGGGACAAUGCAACCAGCACUGGCUCCCAACGGGAUGCUCCUCUCGUCAGCCAUGAGAAGCGAGAGCCAGCCCAGCCCUGACAGCAUGCACAAGGGUAAUGUCUUGCUGGGUACAAGGCAUGGAUGACUUCUGGUACUCCUCAUGGACAUCCAGGGCUUUUCCAGCUCCACGGAACACCUUUCUUACUGCAGCCCAUCAGCAGCUUGCACAUCUAGCAGCAAAUGGCCCAUGCUCCAGCUUCCACCCUCACUGCUGUCCCUGCACAAGGAGCUCUGCUAACAGCCAUGUGCCAGCAGCCGCUAGCUCUCACCUUGGUGGGGGCAACACAAGUGCAUCACUCCCACUGCAUCUGGGAAAAACCACAGGACUGAAUCCCUAGGACUUCAGGCUAACCUUCACCUGACCUGUCGGGGCCUGCUUGGCAAGAUUUUCCUCACCCUGGUCACAGCCUUCAAGUCCACUGCUGCUGCCAGGGCCAUGGAAGGGGAUCUCCAAGCAAGAGGGUUCACCCCCACCCAACAGGCAGCACAGACAAUAGCAAUCUGCCGGGGCAGGGGGCCACUGACCAGACCCCGACUGCAAGGGCAGAGCAAGCAGCCUGCUCCUUUGGAAGGGAAGCAGCUCCAGAAGGUGGGUUCUGCUCCAGGGCCAUGGUGCAGCCCUACUCAGGGUCUCUCCCCCUCCUCCCCUGCCACCUUUCUUCUUGGGCAUGCCGGGCACCUUGCCAACUGUGCCUGGGGGAGCAAUGUAGAAACUGCCCCCUGCCCCUGCAGCCAUGUCCACCCCGAAAUCCUGCUAAUGACCAGUGCAUCUCCCACAUGCUGCAAUCCAAGGGGCACCGCUCAGCCAAAAACAACUGGCGCUGGACAUUGGUGGUUGCAGCACCCUGGCGGACACAUCCACCUCUUUCGAGGAGCUUGCUUGCUUAUCGACUCUCCAGCCCACUGGCCCAGAGGCAGGUGACAGAAAGACCUCCCCAACGCCCGUCUGGCCAGUGACUCUGGGGAUGCACCUGUGGCUUCUGGGAAAGAAAAAGGACCCAGACAAGCAUGACCGCAAGAAGGGGAGAUGAAUAAGCCCACACUACCACUGCCCAAUUACAACACCGGAGAACAAUGUGCUGCACUCCUCCGCAGGAGCCCGGCUGCCUGCUCCCGGCCGGCGCAGGUACCAGACACCGAGCGCUCCGUAAGCAAACAGAGCCCCCAACGUGCAGAAAUGAAAUGAGCACAGAGCUCCCCAUUCCAUCUCAACCCGCCGUUUGCACCUGGUUAUUAAUGGCCUCGCCUGCGACCCCUGAACCCUGCUUUGCUGCGCAUCACGGCUCUGCCAGCCUUGGCACCCUCAAAGCAAUUCCAGAGCAAGGGGGCAGGGAAUCAACAGCCCUGUCCAGCUCUGCACGGGGGACCGGGCAGCAGCAAAGCUGCCCCAGAUCUUCCCCUACCAGGCAGCACUCAUGGCCACAGGAUGCCCUUCCCUGCCCCACCUCUUCUUCCACUUCUGUGUCCCCUUCUGAUGAGGUGGGGAAGCAAGGAAGCCAGCGACAUGCAUUUGUUCUCAGCCCCAAGGCACCGUAGCACUGUCAAUACCCGGCGAUCAGGGAAUCCCAGCUCCAGGAAAGGCCAGUUCCUCUGGGAGUCUGGCACAGUUUUCUAGCCCCAACAAAGCGGAGAAGCUUGCCCAGAAUCACCCUCAACCUGCAGGGUCAACCUGUGAAAAGGUACUUUUACCAUCGGCGGCAGCACGUGAGACCAUGCAAUGUGUUUAAUUGCAGGGGUGGAUGGAUGCUGCAGAAGCAGGACAUGCUCCUACCCGUGCAAGGGGCCUGAACUGCAGACAGAACCCAUUUCAUUUCUCUGAACUACGACCUUGCCUGCAGGCCUCGGUUUAAGAACAUGAAGAAGCGCACGGAGAUACUCUGCUUGAUGACUACGACUGAGUGGGGUCUAGAAGAAUUAGGCACCUGAAAACCAACUAACUUAACUCCCCUGGUUUCUUUUGAGAAUCCCAGCCAACAUUACCAAGUGGUUUAAAAAGAUCAUGUUCUGCCUACAUGGUCUCUACCAUGGUACUGACAAAGCUCCAUCCCCGCAGUAUUUAAAGUGCUUUACAAUCAACAGCAGCACCACAAUACUCUAUUUUGAUCACACCCAUGCUGUCAUUUUGAUCCAAUGCAUGCUGGUGGCUUUAAAGUGAAUUAAAAUUCCAGAAAUGACCUAGGUUUUUAUGGGGCACUGAUGUGACAACCACUUUGCUCAAGUCCCUUGGACAGAAUGCAGAUUAUUUCCCCCAAGUCACUGCUGAUACCACCUACGCCACUGUUGGCAUCGCAGCAGCAUCGCUACCUCCUGGAUCAGGUGCCAGGAGGCCACUCGCCCAUGACGGAGGUGAACGACUGCAGAGCACAAGGGCUCCCUGUAAGAGAUGUGUACCCCACCAAGAACCGCCAACACUGCUGGGGGGUGUUUGCUGCCUUGGACACUGCCAGCAUUGCUUCCAGCGCAAACCCAUCCCCUUGCUGUUACUGCUAUGUCAGGGGAGGACAGUGAGAGAAAGCAGCUCUUGGGAUGAUGCAUGGGAGGCAGCGCUUCAUUUAUAACCCCACACAAAUGCUGGAAAAGGUUCAACUGUAAAAAGCAUUAGGUUGGUUAGCUUACGGGCCCCUGCGGGCCACGAAGUGAAAUUACGUGAGCACAACAUGGCUAUUAAUCACCACAACGAUUCCACAGCGAGACGCAGCCCCAGCAGCUCACGUUCAACUGGAAGGGGAAAGCUGAGAAAAUUACCUACCAGUGGUGAGAAGACUCCAACACUCAAUCAGUAUCUUCUGCAGAUCUCUCCCCUCAACUCCUCCUCAGCAGAUCCAAGCAUUUAAGCUAGAGCAAAGGCCUCAUCUUUGCAAGCCUGCUGUGGGGGCUAUGACUCCUGUGCCGCGGCCUCUCUCUAAGUCAGCAUUUUCCUCUCAUAAGAUGCACUUAAUUGAAGGAUGCCACCCGGAUCGGCUGCGUCGGAGUCCUGGAGUGGCAAGCGCAGGAAGGAGCUGGCUCAGCCUUCUCCAUGUUCCUGCCCAAGGAUGGGAUUUGAAGAUAAAUCCCAAUGGGAAGUGAAAAAUAUCCCUCUCGUGGCCUUGUGAGCUCAUCGUCCUAGCUGCACCCUAAUUCACAGGGGCCCUGGGAGCAAGCCUCUGUUCGAGUGUACUAGCCCUGUCAAGAGCACACCAGAGUUGCAAGUACUUUUGCCUCAACAUCAGUGGAUGCAGGUACUGGGGUUUUUUUGAUCGCCAUCCCAGAGUCCAUCUCUCCCACAUGGAUUCACACGCAGGUCUCUCAAGCGCUUUGCUGGCAAUGUAAGAGGCGAUGCUGCAAUCUCUUCGCGCUGAAGCAUACAAAUACAGACAGAGAGACAGACAGAAAGGCAGUUUAAAAUUGAAUUGAGGACACUAAAUAGAGAGGCUUGUGCAGUGUGAGAAUAUGGGAGAGAGCAUAAGCAGACUGCUAAUUGCACAGCAUGACCUGUCUUAACCACUUAAGAGGCCAACAAAUGUAGGUGCGACAGAAAAGCGGCUGUCUAAUAGAAACAGAGCAGAUCUGUACUCAGCCUAUUCAGAACUACUUUGGUCUGGGCUCUUAAACCUGGAAAUUGGCUAAUAAAAGCUUUGCCGUAUUUACGGGUCAGAAAAAAAACAUUGAUACCCAUAAAACAUCCACCUGAUUUAUUGUGUUCUGUAGUUUUACAGAGAAAGUAGUAGCCUCAACUUGCAUAACUGGUUCAGGGAGCAAAGAGAGUCACUGCUCAACAAAACGCAGCUUGCUUAAAUGACUACAGAUCCUACUGCCAGAGGAGGAAUUCAGUCACUUCAAGCACCAUUAACAAGGUGGAAGCUGGUGAAAGAUGACAGUUUAAAUAAUGCAGCUCAUCUUCCCCACACUCCCUCGGCUGCCAGCUAACUACUCCACUGCCCUGGGGGAGGUGGGUCGGAGGUUCCUGAGAACAGUCGGGACUAAUUACUGUGCAGAACAGGUUCCCGUCAAACGUGGGUCAGCUGGUGCCAGAGACCGGACGGCACGAAGCGCUCAAUCUUCUCCCUAAGGAAGCUGAAGGGUGACAGAAGAGUCCCGAAGAACUGGAAGAAACAAAACAGAACAGAGUUUGUGCUUAGGUUAGACAAGUGCGCUAAUGGAUAGGAACAGACACGUCCUACAUCUUCCUUCAAAUCACAACCCUGUUACAUUUCCUGCAGCGCUCUGCUGAUGCCAUGAAACAAACGUCUAAUAAAUACUAGGUUAACUUGCA